AUGGCGGAUGCACAGUCGUCGCUGGGAGCUCCGGGGAGCCCCGCCGGCGGCAGCGCCGAGAGCGGAGGCGACCUGAGCCCGCGCUCCGGCGUCCGCGAGCAGGACAGGUUUCUGCCGAUCGCGAAUAUCGGCCGGAUCAUGAAGAAGGGGCUCCCGGCGAACGGGAAGAUUGCCAAGGACGCGAAGGAGACCGUACAGGAAUGCGUUUCGGAGUUUAUCAGCUUUGUCACUAGCGAGGCAAGUGAUAAGUGCCAGAGAGAGAAAAGAAAGACGAUCAAUGGGGACGAUUUGCUAUGGGCUAUGGCAACUCUAGGUUUUGAAGAUUACAUUGACCCUCUCAAGGUGUAUCUGGCUAAAUACCGAGAGGGUGACAGCAAGUUGUCUUCAAAAGGGACAGAUGGAUCUGCAAAAAAGGACGGAUUGCACCAACCUCAUCCCAGUACACAGCUUGUCCAGCAAGGUCCAUUUUCUCAAGGCAUGAGUCAUGCAAGCUCUCAGCCACAAGCUCAACAUAUAAUGGUUCCUAUGCCGAGCAUGGAUUAG